UUUGAGUGUGUCCAGUCCUGAAAACUGCAAUACACAGGUCACGUGUCCGGAUGGUCAGAUAUGCUACGCUGAGAGAUAUGGUUCCGGUACGUCUACUGCCUACAAUAUGUUAUGCAAGGCGAAGGAGCUCUGUAACCCAGUAGUGGGACGUGACCUCUCAUCACGUGACGUAUGCAGUUCUUGUUGUGACUCUGACGGAUGUAACCAGUACGCAUGCGCACCAGUCUCUACCACUGUUCAGACGACAGUAGCGGGACAGAUAACAUGCGACACGAGUGCCGGGUACCAGUUGUUUACCAACACAGCAGGAUCCGCUCAGUUAUGCGCAAAGAUCCAUACAGAGCGCAAGUCCUGGGAUGAGGCCCGGACCAUGUGUCAAUCUGAAGGCGGGGACCUUGUUGUUCUUGACUCGGCGGCCAAGUCGCUGUUGAUGAAACACCAAGUGUACCAGCAUCGACACACCGGGUAUUGGAUCGGCGGGAAAGAUCUUCUCGGCCAGGACACAUUUCAAUGGGUCAAUAACCAGGACAUCGCCCUGGACAUUGGAGAUUGGGCCAACGGGCAGCCGAACAAUUUCGAUGGAGGUCACGCCCAGGACUGUGUCAACAUGUGGGGUCAGGACGACUAUGAAUGGCACGAUGAUAUGUGUGCCAGGCCCCUCGAGUUUAUCUGUGAACGCUCCUAG